UAUUAAUUAAAAAAAUUAAUAGGACAGUUACAGCAACUGUAGCUAGGCAUAUAUUAGACAAAACACCAGAAAAAUCCUUGUUUUCUUUCUUCAACACAGCCAAAUUCAACCACACUCUCUUCUCACCCUGCCAAUCCCACUUUCCACCCAACCUCAAACCUUACACCGUCGGAGACGGCGUGCCGGCCGGCGACUCAUCUUCAGUCACUGGACUUAUUCAUCGCGGCAGCGCCAAAACCUUCGAGAUGGGUAUGAAAGUGACGGUUACAGAGUCGGGUCGGAGUAUCUGCUGCUUGAUAACUGAUGGAAUCUUGUUGUUUGGCGCAGAUUUGACCCAGAAUACAUGCAUUCGUUGGAUCCCAAUUUGGAUUCCGUUUUCCUCUGCACUUUGCCUAUAUUCACACCCACGUUAUUCACGAAAGCUUUAACAAUGAAGACGGAGUUAUAGAACCCAUUAUUCCUGGAUUGCGAAAUUCGGAUCUACCCGACGAAGUAUUCAUCAAUGUCGGUUCCGAAGGAACGAUUUUCUCCCAAAUGCUGAGUCAAACCCGACUGAUUCUACCACUGAGCUACAGCCAUUGUCAUGAAUUUUUACCAAGAAUUAAGCGCUGAUUCUCUUCUCACUCAGCAACUCAAAUCCAAAUUUCACAAUUUAUUCAAUCUGGGUUUCCUCAUUUGCCGCCGAUGCCUUGCCAUCGUCUGAUUCCGAUCAAACAGAUUGCCUAUCGUGGUUGGACAGGCAAAAAACGACGUCGGUUGCAUAUAUAAGCUUCGGAACACUGGCUACCCAAGAUCAUGAAGAGCUAAUUGCAAUUGCAGAGGAACUUGAAGCAAGUACCACUCUGCCAUUUCUCUGGUCUCUCAUAGGCAAUUUAGCGGACCUUUUGCCUAAUGGGUUUGUUGAAAGAACAAAGAAGCAUGGAAAAAUAGUGAAAUGGGCACCACAGAGCCGAGUUCUUGGACAUGGUUCUGUGGAUCUGUUCGUAACUCACUGUGGAUGUAACUCUGUGUACGAGAGCAUUGCCAAUGGGGUCCCAAUGAUUUGUAGGCCAUUCUUUGGGGACCCGGAACAUUAGAAUGACUGCGAAAAUGGUGGUGGAAGUUUGGGAAGUUGGUGUGAGAGUUGUGGGUGGGGUUUUCACAAAGAGUGGAUUGGUCAAGAGCUUUGAGCUGUUUUUGGGAAACCAAAGAAGGAAGAUGAUGAAAAAGAAUGCCGAGACACUCAAGGAGGUUAUAUUGAAAGCUGCUCAACCAAAUGGAAUACCUGCCAAAGAUUUCAAGAGUUUGACAAAUAUAAUAUGCCUUUGGAAGAAAUUACAAGUUGGCAUCAAUGUUCCAAUUCUUGUUCCCUUGCACUUUUUCUCAUUUACUGCCUCAAAGGCAUCUUUUGCCGGCGAUUUUAACUUCUAUGGCAAGACUGGAGUUGAUUUUUACACACACAUAAAAACUAUUAACUCAGCAAUGGAAGGACUUGCCAGGAGGCAGUGGUGUUAACGUAGCAAUGCCGACUUCUCAGCAGGCAUAAUCUCUAUCUAAUGUUGUGAUAAACAUAUAUGUCCCAGUAACUUGCUUGAACUCCUGUAUCAAUAAAAGGUCUUUACUAUGUUUGAAUUUA